AUGGGGAGAACACUGUCAUAUGUACCUCCAAUUGAUAGAGAUGGUAAGAAAAUAGUUAAAUUGUGUGAGGAAGAUUUACAAUCCUUAGAGGAUUACUGGAAAAAUGCUUUAAUUGGCUAUAUAAUUGGAGAAAAUCCUUAUGAGAAAGCUAUGGAGAAUAUUGUGAUGAGUGUUUCGAACUGUGUUACAAAACCUCAGAUCCUAUUGCAUGCGGAGGGAUAUUGUAUUUUUCGAGUUAACACCAUAGCUGAUAGAGAUCCUGUCCUGCAAUCAGGACCUUACUCGUACAGGAACAAACCUAUGGUAUUGAAACUAUGGGAAAUUGAUUUUUCAUUCAAUAGUGAUGUUCUCAGUACAAUUCCUGUAUGGGUUAGGUUUCCUGGGCUGCCAGUGGGAUUUUGGUCGACCGAAGCUCUUAGCAAGAUGGCUAGUGCAAUUGGCAAACCACUGUACACUGAUAAGUUUACUGCUCACUUUGAGAAGAUUUCCUAUGCUAGAAUCCUUGUGGAAACAGAUGCUGCUUAUCCCUUACCAGAUCAGAUUGAGAUAGAAACACCUUGUGGUCCAAAGGUACAAGCGAUUGAGUAUGACUGGAAGCCUAGUUUCUGUAACGAUGCUUAA